GAAGGGUAACGGCGCGGUUUGUGAACAUCUUCCAUACGAUGACAGUCGAUCUUCCCGAGCCUGGAUCAAGUAUAACAGCUUACUGUUCUGACACUUUCAUACAAGGAGAUGUACUUUGUGUAGAUGCGUCUAAGAAGCUGAUCGUUCUGCAGAAACCCUCAAGUAUCGGCAGACCUGAUGAGUGUGACAUACUUAUUCUACGCGCUGAUUACCUUAGAGAUCUAAAGAGCACCAAAGAGGGGUCUCCACCAGCAUGUCCUGAACUAAAUAUUGAGAAGAUAAUUGAGCGUAUUCGAGUUAACGAACGUAUUCAAAAGGAAAAGUUGAAGUUUUAUGGCCAUGAUGUCCCUGUGGACGCUCGUAAACUUGCUGAAUACCUGGAAACGUACAUUAUCAUUUGGGAUAAGCCACAUAUUGUUGUAAUGGAUCAUACAAUCAUCAGCCCUCCUUAUAAGGAAAACAAUGUGUCUUGUAAUUCAGAUACGCAACAAGCCAAAACACAAACAGAUUAUGUACAGAGGGUGGUUAGUCGGUUUUAUCAAGAGCGGGUCACGGAUAAUAGAAGUGCAAAUUGACCUAAAUUUCCUUUCGAAAAGUAUACAGUAUCUUCCAUC